AUACGAUCAAACAGAUUAAUCGGCAAGUCAAAGAGAUUAGUUAACUGGGAAAACUACAUUACUGAUAUAGACUCGCUUCCCAAGUCCAUUAAGGACAAAAACCAAAAACUAGUUGACUAUUACGAAGACCAGAAUGAAAUGAUCCAAAGGUAUAUUAACAUUGACAAGUUUCUAGAUUCGGGAAUCCAAAGCUUAAUGAUAAGACAUUAUGCAACUGAUUUGCCUAUGAUCCAAUCGCUAAGUUCAUCUAGCAAAGUUCCAGGCAAUAUUGACUUUGAAAGUAACUCUAUUCUGGGCUACAACUUUGAAGAAGAUGCAAGAAUAAUUGUCAUUGCAAUUUUAAUUAACUAUUUUAUUAAUGUGCUUUUAUUAAUUGGGAAAAUCAUCGUUACUAUAUUAACGUCUUCCAUUUCCAUUAUGGCUUCGUUGGUUGACUCAUUUUUGGAUUUCCUAUCAACAACCAUCAUUUAUAUUACUAAUAAAUACUCAAAGACAACAGAUUGGAACUCCAAAAAUAAAUAUCCAAUUGGCAAAUCAAGAUUAGAGCCAAUUGGGGUUUUGGUUUUUUCAAUUAUUAUCAUAAUUUCUUUUGUUCAAGUUGGCCAUGAAGCAUUAGACAACUUACUAUUCAAUACUAGCAAAAUACCAAUUGAAAUCGGACUUGCCUCGGUUUUCAUCAUGUCAAUGACCAUAAUCAUUAAAAUUGGCUGCUGGGCUUGGUGUAAAAGUAUCAAAUCAUCUUCAGUGCAAGCACUAGCUCAAGAUGCUGAAACCGAUGUUGUCUUCAAUGUUUUCUCUUUAAUCAUGCCUUUAUUGGGCCACUGGUGGGAUAUUUGGUGGUUUGAUCCAGCUUGUGCUUUAGCGUUAAGUCUUUAUAUUGUCAUUUCUUGGAGUUUAACUGCUUUAGAACAUAUCAAUAAUCUAGCUGGCGCAAAAGCUGAUAAGAACGACGUCCAGGAGAUUUUAUACUUGGUCUUGAGAUUUGCUGAUAGUAUCGAAAAGAUAACAAAAUUAAACGUAUACCAUGUCGGUGAUAAUUUAAACGUCGAAGUUGAUAUCAUGUUGAAUCCCAAUUUCAAUCUCAAAGAUGGCCAUGAUAUCGGAGAAGCUGUACAAUAUGCUGUUGAAACAUUAUCCAAUGUUGAAAGAUGUUUUGUUCACUUGGAUUAUCGAACUGGAAACUUCGAUGGUCACUUAAAA